AUGCUGCGAUCAUUGCCGGCCUCUACAAGCCUUCGAUCCCUUCUGCACAUUCUGGAACCACUAGGGCGAGGUGUGUAUGACUUUGUCUACCUUCCAAGGUGUACUCGGCAACGUCAUCGCAUUGUAGAGCUGGCAUUUCUGAAUUUCGUGGAUCCAGUGGCUGCGCGAGCAGCUGCCCAGAUCCUCUUCCGCUACGCGCAUUCUGAGCCAUCAUGGGGGCGCACCCGAAUCAGCCAAGCAAGGCUGCAAGGCCUGCCGAACAACUUGGCAUACUACUGCUUGCGAUUCGGCCCGGACGCUCCGCUGGACGGCCCGGAUGCUCCCGUGGUUUUUUCAUCUGGAGCUCGCGUGCCGCUGCAAUUGGCAGUGCAGCGGCUCGUGACGGAGGAAGCUUUGCGCACGGCGCAGCAACUCCUCGACACGGAGGGCCAGCGAGGCAGAGAGGAAGGUCCCAGUGCCGGCAUGGACGUGCGCCGGGCCCGAGACGAAAGACAUGGAGCUCCGGUGAUGCCUCCAGGGCCUUCACCGAAAUCGAGUAUGCCGUUGCCCGGGUUCAGGAGGACCAUGCCGAGCAUAACCUCGGAAAUGUUCUUUGUCGAGCAUUUGGGCAUGGAAGACACAGAUCAUCUGCUCAGGCUGGUUCGUGAACAUGAACGCCGACACGGGCUUGUGAUUUUCAUGUUAUGA